CUUGAAUAUCUCUUACACUAUACCUAUUCUUUGCAUGUCUGAAAUUGUCGCGCAUUUGCGGUCAUUGCGGCAGUCCUGCGCUCAGGGCAUGGCGUGGAGCUCGGCGCUGGUGUGGGCCGAAAAGGUGACUUUGCUGACUGGCGACACAGAAGACGUGCUCUGGCUAGUCGACGCGCUAGCAGAGGAAUGGCUUAACCACCAACAGUACGCCAGGCGAAUCCGCGACACUGCCCCAGGACAAUAUUUGGCGUCAAUUGUUGCGCUACGGCUGGGCAGAGCUGAGGAUGCACUGGACUUGCUCGGCAAAGCAGCAGCUGAACUGACCACUGGACUAGCAGGCCCUGGUAUUGGCACACGCUCUACAAAAUUCCCAGGUGCUCAAGGCGAAACGCCAACCACGUCAAGGUCAGCGAAGCCAGUGUCCUCACUCACAUCUUCGCUGUAUGACAGUGCACUGCUUAAUACAGCAAACGAGCAUCCACUGAAUCCGCGUGCCUUGGUGCUGUACAUGCAAGGCGCGGCAGUAAUCCAGCUAAGCAAUGUAGGUGGUACUGAGGACCUCCCUAGCAUCAAAGAACUGGCCACUCGUCACCCCGACAAUACCAGGAGUCUGUCGACUAUGCACCGUCCCGCGUCACAACCUGGUGGUAUCGGUGGAGCUGCGGGAGAAAGCGUCAGCCCACUAAGUGCCUUGGUCAAGCGACUAUGGAUUGAGGCGGUCAAGGCUGAUGCGCGGUGCUGGGAGGCCUGGUCAGGGCUGAGAGAGCACGGCCUGCUGACAUGCAAGGAAGAGCUUAGCUUGAUUGCGAGCCUAGAUUGGACCUCGCAUUGUGCUGGAUCUGAGGGAGUUGGGCAGUUCUUUAAGCAGUACUGUCUGGCAACCAUGACUACAUAUGCUACGAAUGAGCAGACAGUCGAGGCAACGGCCAGCUUGUUAAAGAGCUACCCAUGUCUAGUGCAAGAUCCUAGUCUGCUGGCAAUCCAGGCGUCACGACUGCUGUCACUCGGCCGCGCUCGCGACUGUCUCACGUACACCGUGCGUGUUUUGGAGAUUCGCCGUAUCCCGGACCCCGGCACAACCGCAAUCCAUAUCAGUGCACUCACAGCACUACAUGCCAGAGACGCGCUGUUCCGGAUCGCACACGAGCUGGCUGAGGAAUUCGGCAUCUCGUCGAUCAAGCGAAUUGACGUUGAGCCAGCCGACACUGCCAAUGACUUGUUUGCAGGGGGCAUGGCUGGGAUCCCCGGUAGCAGUGGCUCGGUGAUGUCGACCCCCAGGUCGACUUGCUCUGCAUCCAAUAUCAGGCACUCGAUUGGCGCAUCCGCGUCUGGCGUCAGUCGCAUCCGGUCAGGCGCCCGUGGUCUACUUAUUCCCGAAACCCCCUCACGCCUAAUGCGGCGGAACGGCCCAGUUUCCUCUGCCGCUACCGCUGCUGCUUGGAAAGGACUGUGGGGACUACCAACUUGGACACGGCCAGGACCACCUGUGCUGGCAACAUAUCCAUGCGCACUGGGGCCAUCGCAUAUGACGCCAUCGAUCGGUAGCCCAACCCAAGAUGAGUUCAUCGGCGCCUCCUUGGCAUGGUUUGCGAUCGGUUGCUACUACUUGGUGACAGCAUCGAUUCUAACAGCCCCAGCCUCUGCCAAGCCGACUGGGGGCAGUCACAUACGUCCUUUGGUGAUUCUGACGUCCGCAGCUCGCCUGGGCAUAUCUGGAUCUAACAGCGAUGGUGGGACCUCGCUGCGUCGUGGUCAGCCGCUGACACCUGAAGCUGAGCAUGCGCUCUCUGAAGCCCGCCGGUGGCUUACCAAAACGACCCUUGUCUCACCGCGCAGUGUUUCGGCAUGGGUUGCUUUUGCCCAUACGUUCGUGCUUGCUGGAGAGUGGGAAUCGGCAACACGUGCUCUGCACAGCUGUGUUGUUCACGGCGGUGGCCGCGACUCUGGAUCGACAGCAAAGUCGUCGCACGGGACACCUAGCAAGCACGUGGCAUUUAGAAGUGCACGGGUACUGCAGUUGCCAGAGCGUGGCAGUCGGGCUGCACACACCACUGGCAAGCUUGGCAGUGUUUACCUACAAAUGGGUGACCUAACCAUGGCCGAGUCAUGUUUUGAUGCCAGUAUGCGCUGCCUGAGUGGAUUCUGCAUCCGCGACUGUCUCUCUCUAUGGAUGCCGGUCGUUGACGCCAUCCAUGAUGACCAGAUCCUAGCCUGGUGCGAGAACACCAGCCAUAAGCAGUCCGAAUCCAAUCGUAUUAGUCACUCAGCAUCAGCCAUGACUGACCCACAGCUGCUCAACGAUAUUGGUGUCCUAUACUACGCGCGCAGCGAAUUUAGUACAGCAAAGCUGCUCUUUGCCAUGGCACUCCAUGCUCUGCAUAUCAACACUAACCAGCAACAUAUGCUGCAAUCGGCAUUCGCUCCGUCGCAGAAGCACACUACGCGCUGGUCACGAGCGCCAGAUGCUCAGGCUGCAUAUUCUCUGCCCAUGGCCAACCUGGGCAAUGCUUUGCGUCGCAUGGAUCGACUUGAUGCCGCACUGCUGUGCCUCGACGCAUCGGCAAAAUGUAUGCCAUCUAACCCCGAAAUUACACUAUCGACUGCGUUCACCCUACACUCUCGUGCAAUAUCCCUACUCGACCAAAGCGACUCUGUCAGUGCCAGCCGCGACCUCGACCGCUCCAUCGAUUUGUACCACGAUAUUCUCUCCUCGCGACCUGGUGACCCAGUCACCACUGAUCUCUUGGCACUGGCACUGGAGUUAUCUACAAACAUCCAAGGCACGGUUUUGCUAGGACAGCAUGCCCAAAUGGACCAGCAUCCUCGAACCCCAGGUGAGCUGAAAUAUCAAGGGAUAGUUAGACCAGUACUCCAGCAGCUACCACCUUCAUCCAAUCGUGCGUCACUGGAGCCAGAAGUUGAUGGAAGUGACGAGGAAAUGGAGAUUGAAGAGGAUACUGACAGCGAUAUGGCUGUAGACUGAUCUGGCUAAAUGCUGCGCUUUGAAUACUUUAAUACUAUGCCCUUAACCGACACCUCACAGUUCACCAUCUCCGUGAUAGUAUGAAAAAAGAACAAGCAUGAAGUAAUGGAGCAAACGAUCACAGAGCGCUCAUGGAGUGGGGCUUGGCAGAUAAGGAGAGCCCGUAGUUGAGGAUCGUGGCCCACAUCAAGACUGCCAUCCAUAGAAACAGUAAAUAAA